CACGCUCUUCUCUCUCCGUGUUCGCUUCCUCGUCGCUCCGACCUCCACCGGACCAGAUCGCCGCCCGCCGGAGAAAUGCCGCCGCGGAGGCGAGAUCGCCGGAGGCCCCGGGACCCGUCACCGGAGAGCUCCCGCCCGAGCACGGCAGCCGCCUCUUCCUCCUCCUCCUCCUCCUUAUCGGGGCCCCGCUUCCGUCCCGCCCUCCUCGCACCUCUCCUCCUGCUCCUCGUCCUCACCGCGCUCCACUUCUCCGGCCUCCUCUCCCGGUCCCGGACUCAUACGCCGCAGGUGGGGACGAAACUAUCCGUAUACGAGCGCGGACUCGUCAAGCGCGAUGUCUCCGCCAGCGAGAUCCUCACCGAGCACGCUACGGUUUCGGAGAACCGGUCGCGCCGCCACUUCCGCAACCCUGUCCUCGCCUAUGUGACCCCCUGGAACUCUAAAGGUUAUGACAUGGCAAAGUUGUUCAGCGCAAAGUUUACUCACAUAUCACCUGUGUGGUAUGACUUGAAGAGCGAUGGGAAUAAGCUAGUUUUGGAAGGACAACACAAUUUUGAUGCCAGAUGGGUCUCCGAACUUCAAAGUAAUGGGUCUUUGGUAUUGCCAAGAGUUGUCUUAGAAGCAUUCCCUGGGAUUGUGCUAUUGAAGAAGAAGCUAAGGGACAAAGCUAUUGAUCUAAUUGUGAGUGAAUGCAGGGAUAAGGGGUAUGAUGGUGUUGUGCUGGAGUCCUGGUCAAGAUGGUCUGCUUAUGGUGUGCUAGAUGAUCCAGAGCUACGCAACAUGGCACUUCAAUUUGUAAAGCAUCUGGGGAAGACUUUGCAUUUGACCAGUUCAAACUUAAGUACACAUCACCGUUUGAAAUUAAUUUAUGUUAUCCCAGCUCCACGAAUGAAAGAGCUAAACAAUCAUGAUUUUGGAUCAGAAGAUCUCCUUCAGUUGGCUGACUCAGUAGAUGGUUUCUCUCUUAUGACAUAUGACUUCUCAGGACCACAAAAUCCUGGCCCCAGUGCACCUUUGAGUUGGAUGCAGUAUUCUUUAAACACACUUCUUUCAGCUAAGGGGUCUGCUUCUCAUGGGCAUUCUCACUUGAUAUUCCUUGGCAUCAAUUUUUAUGGGAACGAUUUUCUCCUUUCUAAAGGUGAUGGUAAUGCUAUCACUGGAAGAGAUUUCAUUGAUUUACUUGAGAAGUACAAGCCAUCUUUGCAGUGGGAUGAGAAAAGUUCAGAGCAUUUUUUUGUCUAUUCAAAUAAAGGGCUGAGGCAUGCUGUAUUUUACCCCACUCUGAUGUCUCUUUCUGUACGCUUGGAUGAAGCUCAAGAUUGGGGAACAGGGCUUUCAAUUUGGGAAAUUGGUCAAGGUUUGGACUACUUUUUUGAUGUUCUUUAGGAAUAUCUAUGUGUGGCCUUUUUUUUUUUUUGUUUUGUUUUUGGGAGAACUACUAUUGCUUCAAAGUACUAUUACAGAGGCAUCUUUAUCGCUAUUGGUAUCAUGUGCACCUGUGAGCAUUAUUCUUUUAGUUACAAAACUGCCAUUUCAUAACAGAUUACAUCCUCCUGGGAAAUGUUUCCAAUAACCAAAUUUCCCCUCAAUGUUCUACCGCAAAACUUAGAUUAAGUGAUAAUGAGAUUUUUCGGGUAUUUGGAUCUA